UUCUCUCUCUAGUUGGUUUAUUGCAGCUUUCUUCCAGUCGACUGCCACAGCGAUCUCCAUGAUGGCCUGGACCAAUCUGCUCUUCGUCUCCCUGCUCGCCACCCUCCUCAUCCUCACAGUCUUCAGUGGGGUGGAGGGAGCAGCCGUCAGGGACGAUGGCAAAGCAGAGGAGCCCAAAGGAUCAGCAGCUCGGGUCUUCAUGCCUGAGGCGGACGCAUCCAACUUUCUCAAACGCCGCAGUCGUCGCUACGCCAAACACCAGGGGGAGAUCCUCGCGGAGCAGAGGGUGAGGCUGACGGCUGAUGAGAGGAGGAGAGAGUACUACGACGAGCAGAGGAGCGAGUUUGAGAACUACGUGGAGGAGGAGCGUGACGAGCAGAAUGAAAGGACCAGGGAGAAGACGGAACAGUGGAGAGAGUUCCACUACGAUGGCCUUUAUCCUCGCUACGACCACAACCGCCACUACGUCUGAGCGGCACCAACACAGGGGAAGGGGGGCGUGUCCACACAGCAAGCCUCAGUCAUUAUUGGUUGGGCCCUAGUCAUGAUUGGCUGGGCCUUGGUCAUGAUUUGCCGGGCCUAGUCCUGAUUGGCUGGCCUUGUGACCGUCACAGCUGUGUGUGUACAGAGUAGCAUCCUCUGGCGGUGUGAAGCCUUGGGGAUACCUCACGUCUUCCAACACAGCCUCAUCAAAGCUGUCCACCACACCUGCUCCUUCCUGCUUUCCACCACACGAGCAUUUAGCUAGCGUAAAACUAUAACUCCCCUUUAAACUAGAGAGUCAGUCAAAUGCGUAUCUGCAGGCGUGUACAAUAGCCGAUAACAACCCGCGUGUGGUUAUUAGGUGCUAUAAAAACCUCUUGCAUGCUUAUUUGUAUCUUUUAUAUGAUCUUGUAUUUGUGAUAUUAUUGUAUUUUCUGUAUACUCUUUUAUCUUCUUGUCUGAAGCCUAAUCUACGACAGACAGCUGCUGUCUGAGUCUCUCCAGACAGACAGGACCACGAGGAGUCCUUACUCUGCGGGGUCCAGGUUGUCUUUACUUAAACUGCACACACACACACACACACAACGUAUCAAAAAUCCGACCUGUAACUCUAAAAGAACCGGUCAAUAAAGAUUAUUCCAAUUGUA